AUAAAACAAAAAGAAGACAGAGAGGCGUCUUCAUCUAGACAGAGCUACUUUUUUUUGUUUGUGCUGCCCUUUUUGUUCAGAUUCCCCGUGAUGAAUAUAUAUUUUUGUGGCAGUAUUAGGGGAGGAAGGCAGGAUGUGAGGAUUUAUCAAAAAAUUGUGAAGAAACUGCAGACUUAUGGACAGGUUUUGACAGAGCACGUGAGCCACGAUGAUGUCACUGAGAAAGGUGAGGAUGCGCUACCGGGAGGAGACGAGGCGAUCUAUGACCGUGAUAUGAAGUGGCUCGCUCAGUCCGAUGUCGUAGUUGCUGAAGUAACCCAACCAUCCUGUGGUGUGGGUUAUGAAAUCGGUCAAGCCGUGGCCAUGAAGAAGAGGAUUCUCUGCCUUUUCCGACCCUCAUCAGGGAAAGUGCUGUCUGCCAUGAUACGAGGCGCUGAGGGCAAGCUGAGCAGCUGUCUCUUUCGGGUACAGGAUUACGUGGAAGAGGAAGUUGAAGACAUCCUAGAGAAAUAUUUUCGUGAACUUACCAAGAACUAAUGUGCGUUUAAAAAAUACACUAUAUUGCUAAAUGUAUGUGAAAACUUGACCAUCAUAACCAGAUACUGAACAUCUCUUUCCAAAACCAUGGCCAUUAAUAUAGAGCUGGUCCCCCCUUUGCUUUUAUAACAGCAUCCACUCUUCUGGGAAAGCUUUCCACUCGAUCUUGGAAGGUGACUGUGAGGAUUUGUCCAUUCAGCCACAAGAGUGUUAGUGAGGUCGGGCACUGAUGUUGGGCGAGGAGGCCUGGUACACAGUCAGCAUUCCAGUUAGUCCCAGGUUAGGAGAGUUUCACUGCAACCUUGGCAGUCCAUGAUUUCAUGGACCUCACUUUAUGCACAGGGGCAUUGUCGCGCUGGAGCAGGUUUGGGCCCCUGAGUUCCAGUGAAGGGGAAUUAUAAUCCUGCAGCGUAUAGACAUUCAGGAAUAAUACAUUGUGUAUUUUCAACUUUGUGGCAACGGUUUGAAGAUGAACCACAUAUGGGUGUGAUGGUCAGGUGUCCACAUACUUUUGGUCCUAUAGUGCGGCUCACUCAUAAUGUAAUGAGUAAUUUUAUUAUCCAGCUCUGGAUAGAACGUUUUUUUUUGUAAGUAGAUCUUUUCAGUUGAACAGAGGCUCUUACUGACAUGUGAUGCACUUGUUUGUUAAAAUAUGGGUGUCUCAGAUUGAAAGAGUUCAAACAAGAUUCUACAAGUCAAAAUAUUGUGACAUUUUCUAUCAUAUUAAAGAAUUAAUGUUCAUUAUU